UCUGUGUGUAUAUAUGAAGUCUACCUUUUGAUAUAUUGUAUAAUAAUUUCCCAACCUAAUUAGGGAUUUCAAUAAUAAUGUAAUGUGUAAGUUAUUCUGUCAUUUUGAGUUGUCAUCUUACUGAAUGUAUUGCAAGCUCUAGAUGUCAAUUUUUUUUCAUUUCUAGAUUUCUAUAAUUAUAUACAAUGCUAAAAUGGUCUCGAUUGGGAUUGGCUUAUGCCAAGACAUCAAAUCGAAUUGUCAGUAGGAAAAAUUUCUUUACUCCUGCAACUAUGGCAACAAAAACGUCAAAUCGUCCUAAAACAAUGCUUUCCUGUGAGGAUAAAUUACCACAUCUGCCUGUGCCACCCCUUCGUGAAACAAUGGAGAAGUAUGUAACUUCAUUAGAACCGUUGUUGUUUGACCAUGAAUAUGAAAACACGAAGAAUGUGGUUGCUGAGUUCCAAGGAAAAGAUGGAAUAGGGGAAAGUCUUCAAAAGAAGUUAAUGGAAAAAGCAGCUAACUCUGAUAACUGGUUGUCAGAGUGGUGGGACAACUGUGCCUACUUUGCUUUCCGAGCUCCUGUUGUUAUUAACUCAAGUCCAGGUAUCACAUUUCCAGCCCAGACAUUUUACAGUGAUCAGGACCAAUACAGAUAUACUGCUCAGCUGAUACGCUCUGUUUUGGAAUUUAAAAGUCUGAUAGACAGUCAAAGUCUUCCAGUUGAUUACGCUGGGAAAGACCCCCUCACUAUGAAACAGUACCAAAAACUGCUGUCUGCAUGUCGAGUACCAUAUGCAAAAUGUGAUGGAGAGAUUCUAACAUCUCCAGAAGAAUCGAGACAUGUUAUGGUUGCUCAUAACAAUCAUUUUUUUAAACUUGAUGUUUUUCACGAGCGCACUGAUAAACCUUUAAGUGAAGAAGAACUUGUACAACAACUCGACCAUAUUGUAAAUUUAUCUCGUUAUGAAGAUGACUACCCUGUUGGUGUGUUGACAUCACAUGACAGAAAUGUGUGGGCACAAGCUUACAAAAGAUUGACAAGAGAUCCAGAAAACAGAGGUAACGUGGAUACAAUAAUCAAGUCAAUAUGCCUUAUUUGUCUUGAUCAGCCAGUCAACGUACCUUCUGGGACUGAACAUAAAUAUGAAUCUCCUCACGGCUCUGUGGGAUGUGGACAAAUGUUACAUGGAGGUGGAUCACAACAAAAUAGCAUGAACAGAUGGUUUGAUAAGAUUUGUCAGUUUGUUGUUAACCGUAAUGGUAUGGUUGGUUUGUGUUAUGAACAUUCAGGAGCCGAAGGUCCGCCUGUAAUGGCUUUGUGUGAAGCUAUCUUAAAAAAAAAGUUUGAACAUGGUACGUCUGUUAGCUUACCAGCGAAUUCCCAACUUCCAUCUCCUCAUAAACUAAUUUGGAGUCUAAAUUACGACUUAGUUGACAGAGUCGAGUUAGCAAAAGAACAUAUUGACCAAAUGGUGAAUGAUGUCACUGUGAAACUUUUCGAUUUCGAUGAUUUUGGAAAAAAUAUUCCCAAGCGAUUUAAAGUAAGCCCUGAUGCCUUUUUUCAAGUAUCCCUUCAGCUGGCAUACUAUCGAUUGCAUUGUCAUCAUCCUCCUACUUACGAAAGUGCUUCAAUUCGAAAAUUUGUGAACGGAAGAACUGAAACAAUCAGGUCGGCUACUCCUGCUGCUGCAAGAUACGCGAGAGAAAUGGAUCGAAACAAUUAUGAUAGCUCAGUAAAGAGAAAGCUGUUUAUGAAAGCUGUUGAAGCACAUGUGAAAUAUACUAUAGAGGCUAUGAACUUUCAAGCCGUCGACAGACAUUUACUUGGUUUGAAACUAAUUGCAUUAGAGAAUGGCAUACCGCUUCCAGAACUGUUUCGCGAUAAAGCGUAUGGCUACGCACUACACUUUCGCUUGUCUACUAGCCAGGUACCAGCAAAAGCAGCAGCAGCUCUUUGUUUUGGUCCAGUCGUUCCUGACGGUUACGGUGUCUGCUACAAUCCGAUGGAGAAUCGCUUUCUGUAUGCAGUCAGCUCAUACAACAGUCAUCCAAAAACACACUCUGGUGAUUUCGGUGAAUAUAUUGCGAAAGCUUUGCAAGACAAUCAAUUAUUACUUUCAACUCAAUCGAAAUUAUAAGCACGUAUUCAUACAUUUGAAGUAUUGAUGAACUAAGGUAUAAAAAGAUAUAUCAAUAAAAAUUAUGUUUAUCUAGUAAAUCUAGUUUAUCUUCCUUCUGUGCUGGCUUAUAUUUAUACUAGCUGGCUAACCAUGAAUUCAGUUUAUGAUGACGAAUUUCUUUUAAAGCAUGGCGUAAGGUUUGGUUCGUUGAUCUUUCUUGUCUGUCAAGUUCAGUAGUGUAUAUUAACCUAUCAAAGUAAACUUGUGAACCAUUUGUAGAAGCCCUGUAUUAUAAAUUUCCUGGCAUCUUUCUUCACAUGUUUCAGGUGGCUACUUUUGACAGAAGCACAUUGUAAUCUUACACAUAUUUUUCAGAAUAUUU